GUUGAAAAACUGUUUAUACCCUAUCUAACAUGGUAUAAUUUACAAUUCAUUUUUUUUCUAAGGGUGUGCAAACUUUUGCACUCAGUUGUACAUACUGUAUGCGCUUUGUGUAUGGUGCUUAACGGAAAUAACUGAGAGCUUUAUAAAUGUUGUAAUAAGUCGUAAUAAUGAGUAGUAGAACGUUAUAGAUUAACCUGGAGCGCAGAGGAAGUUCCUGCUCUGUGUUUCUGUUCAGGAAGUGUGUUCUGGAAAAAUGUGUGUGAAGGACACACUCGGUUGAAUUACACCAACACGAAAGCUGAGGCAGUCUGAGAGAUACGAUAAGGACAGCUAGAGGCUCGGAGCAGGAAAUAAAGCUCUGUUGUUCACAGAAGGAUAUUGUUCAAUAGAGCUGUGGAAUGUCACAUUUCUUGCUGGACCUCUUGGCAUGAAAAAGGGAUUAACUUGACCUCUGUGUUUUUGGAUUUGUCCUUCUCUUUUUCAGCAGGCUGGAUCUUCUUGAAUGACGUUGAUUUGAUAUAAAAGUAAAACAAUUUGCUCAUAAUCGAGCGUGAAGCGCGUCGGACGUUAAAAACGUUUCCUGUGUUUUGUGGAGGAGAGAAAACGAGGCAGAUGUUCCUCCACAGGGCUUGUUUACGUGUUCAGCGUGUCCUCUCUCACGCUCGCUCCCUCUGAGACGCCGCCAUGGUCGUGUGUCCCGCCGUGUCCAGGCUCACAUGGAGGGCCAAGUAUCUGCUCCUGCUGGUGCUCUGCGCGUGCGUGAUAGUGUGGAUCACGUCCCUCUCCGACAGCCACUUGAAGAUGCCCGAGCAGGUGCCGACCUCGGGCGAGGCGCAGAUUCAGAAGGUGAGGAAGGAGGCGCAGAUCGAGAUGGAGAUGGAUAUGGAGCACCAGGACGAGGUGGAUGAGGAGCGAAAGCCGAAAGACCUCUGCCCAGAAAAAUCACCGCUGCUCCGUGGUGCUGUGGGUUUGGCGUUCGAGCCGUCUCUGACUCUCAGCCAGGUGGAGGAGGUGAACAGAGGCGUGAAGGAGGGACAGUACAAACCGGACGAGUGUAAAGCGAGGCAGAGCGUCGCCGUUCUCAUCCCUCACCGAAACCGAGAGAAACACCUGCUGUACCUGCUGCACCACCUCCACCCGUUCCUGCAGCGGCAGCAGCUCCACUACGCCAUCUACAUCAUCCACCAGGCUGGUGACGCUAGGUUUAACAGGGCAAAGUUGUUGAACGUCGGUUAUCUGGAGGCUCUGAAAGACUUCAGCUGGGAUUGUUUCGUCUUCCACGACGUGGAUCUCGUCCCCGAAAACGAUAACAACUUAUACACGUGUGAACAACAACCGAAACACUUAGUGGUGGGCCGAAACUCCACCGGGUACAAAUUGAGAUAUAAAGGUUAUUUUGGAGGCGUGACAGCGAUGACCAGGGAGCAGUUCUCCAAAGUGAAUGGUUUUCCAAACACCUACUGGGGCUGGGGAGGGGAAGACGACGACCUCCGCAUACGGGUGCAGCUGCAGGGGAUGAAGAUCGUCCGCCCACACGCUGAUGUCGCUCGCUACACCAUGGUGUUUCACCAAAGAGACAACGGCAACGAGGUCAAUAAGGACAGGAUGCGUCUGCUGGGUCGGACGCCUCAGAUGUGGAGGAAGGACGGUCUGAACUCAUGUUCUUAUAAAACUCUGUCAGUGGAGCGUCCCGCGCUGUACAUUAACGUCACGGCGGAUAUCGGCACGCCAACAGACACACUCUGAGAGCGUCCUGACACACUCACCUGCUCUCUCACACACCACUGAAGUGUGUUUUACACACUAUACACUACAAACUGAACAAGCUCAUUUAAAUGAAGAGGCCUUUAACAAAAGUUUUGGCACCCAGUCAGUCACAUGCCUAGUCCCUAGUUGGAUGGUUUCUGGUACCUGCUCGAGAUCAGCACCCACAGGAACUGAUGGUAUUUUGGGGACGGGGUUAUCAGGGUUCGCUGCUGACCGGGUGUGUGUCACGUGUUCACAGAAACCCCGAGUUAAAUUAAUAAUUCAAAUAAUAAUCUGGUUCGUUGGUGCUGUUUAAACCGAACGUUUUUAUUCCUCAACUUGCACUGGUAUUUCAUUCCCCAAAAAAAAAAAACACCCCCACUGCAGAUUCACAAAGUUCAGUUUGAUCAUACAUACAUUAUGCUUUGUACGCUUUUUUUUUUUUUUUUAGUGUAUUGAUGACAUCAAUGAAACAAUGUCGUUUCACUGAAGUCCUUCGUUAACGAUGCAUUUCCUCAGUAAUUUCGUUAUUUUGUUUUGUUAACCAUACAAACAACCAGAUAUUGUUAAAUUCUAAUCCUGGCACUUCCUCCACAUUUGACUUUUAUCUGUCAUCAUCGUGACUGUAGCACAUUCACUAACUGUAGUUAUAUGCAAACUUAACCUAAGGCAUCUUGUCAACUACAAAAGAAGCAGAUGUCCUCUAUCUCAAUAUUUUUGCAUAGUGAUAGAAAUAUAAACUUCUUAAGCAGUAAAUUUAAUACACAACUUGUGUGAUUAGCUUUACAGAAUGUUAAAAACGUGGAAAGGUCAACUAACGUGGAGAUACAGUGACUGAUUCAUGGGUGCCAAAAGUUUUGCACAGGGCUGAGAGACGGGAUCGAGCGUGACAGACUGGACAGUGCCACGGGUUCGUGACGUUAAAGGGUUAUUUUAUCACCCGUUCCAGGUACAACUGAAGCGUUUCACUUGUACCUGGAACGGGUGAUAAAAUUAGAUUUCUCAUUUUGCACACUGAGAUGCUGAACUUUCAGCCCCAUAAGCAAAAAAAAAAAAAGGGAACAUCAGAGAACCACGGCUUUCAAGAUAUCAUUUCAUAUUCCAGUGAUGAUUAGUACAGCAAGCUCCGCCCCCCAUUGUAUUCUGUAGAAAAACAAAAAAGCUGCUGCCUGGAACCCAGCCCAGAAAGGGGUCCUGGUUCCUCUGCUGGACCUGUGCCUUGAGUCUCAGCGUUCCUGAAAGAGUUCCUGUGGUGGAAACGCGCCUCAUACCAGGAAGUGACGCUGUGGCGCUGGACGGAUUACCAGUUACACACAUUCACACGCACACACUGAGUUACUUGUGUAUAAUCCGCCCGAACCUUCCUGUCCGGAUUCCCGCUACAGCAGCUCCUCUUGCUUCUUAUUCCUCGCUAUGCGCUCUGAUCCUGACCUCACUUUGGGGAAAAAAAAAAGGGUGGAGUCAACAUCAAAUAAACAGUUUCUCUGGAACCGCAAGUCUAACCGAUUGAACUGAACUUAUCUCUAAACACACAUUUCAUGCUGAAUAGAGUCCUUAGAAACACGACCGCCGUCAACCAAUCAGCAGUCAGGAGGCAUUUCAGGAGGCUUAUUAUUAUUGUCGUAUUGAAACUUGUUAAUUUUGUGGUCUCUCUUUAUUGUUCUGUGUAUCUCGGCAAGAACUGGCCUCUAGGAGCGCUGUUUAUGAAGAGUGCUUGGACCCCGCUGAUCGCUGCUUGCAGUUCUAAUCUAUAAUAAUUGUAACUAUUAAUAUUAUGAUUAUUAUGAAACGAAACAGGAUGCUGCUCUCUAAAAACGUAAAAGACUGGACGGCAGGGUUUGGGUGUAUUUAUAUUUCGAGAUAUUACAAUACAGAAUUGCAUGAAGGUUCUGCUCUAAAUGUUUGUUUUUUGUUUGUUUGUUUUUAAUGUGAACUGCACACUUUAAAAAAAAAAAAAAAAAAAAAAAAAAAGAAUUAACAUUAACUCUUGAAAUGCUGCACGCUCAAAUCCAGUGUGUGUGUUGGAGGAUAAAUUUGCGAAUGAGACACGGCAGUGCAGUGUUUCUCUUUCAGAGAGUCUUUUUAGUGUGAAUGGACUGAGCUGAGCUUUUUUUUUUUAAUCUGUAUGAUGGAGAAGAAAUGUAGAAAUCUGAGGUACUUGAAGUACUUUAUCAUAGCAAUAUGGGCAUUCUGAUAACAUUAUUUACAGAAACGUACACUACAGUUAUACAGGAUUUGUUCAGUGAGGUGGAAUACUGUUUAAAGAGGUGCAAAUCACUAUAUAUACAUAAAAAUAUAUAUACAUAAUAUAUAUAUAUAUUAACAUAUAUACUAAUAUAAUACAAGGUUAAAAAGCUUUAAAAAGAUGUUUGCUAGCAAACUGAAGUCAGACAAAUAUGAAGGUUCUUUUUUAUAAUAAUAAUAAUAAUAAUAAUAAUAAUAAUAAUGUUGUGACUGAUAUAAAAAGAAACACGGAAAAAUCACACUUUAUAGCUGAAAUUAGCUAAAUUAGCAGAACUUUAGCUCGCUAAUCUAAAUGUUUUUGCUAGAUCACUCAAAUUCGAGCCAGUGAGUCUGAAGGGUUGGGUAACUAGUUAAAUUAAUUUUCUAAUCAGAAGAUGAAUCCAUAAACAAACCUCAGUACAGCUGAAGAAUCUGAGAACAUGAAGUACAGGUGUGUGUGUGUGUGUGUGUGUGUGUGUGUGAAAUGUACAUAUAUACGUAUAUUUUAUCUUAUUUGCUGCUGAGACGCUCUGAAGGAGAAAACAUGAGAUUAAAUGCCUUGUUGUUGUUUACAGCGUUCUUUUCUUUUCUUUUUUUUUUGUUGUAAUCUGAAUUUAUGGUAUAGAGCCUCUUUAUACAUUUUCAUUUGAUCACAUUUUGCUGUUUGUGUCUUUUUUUUUUGAAAGUUUGAGAAUGUCUUUGUACUUUAUGUUAAAAAUAUGUUAGUGAUUAACGAAGAGCAUUUUUUCUUUGCAUCAUGUCAUUCGUUUGGUUUUCUACCUAUUUUUCCAUCUUUAUUUUAUAUUACAAAGUUGUGCAAAAAAAAACACAAAGCCGUAGUUUGUGUGCAAUGCUGUAAUUCUGAGUGGUGGCGGGUUUUAAGAAAUCAAAUAAAUCAUUUCUUUAAAGAUGAA